AACAUGAGAACAUGUGAAUCAGUCAAACGCAAUGCUAAGCUCUUUCAAGGCUACUUUCACGAAAACAGCGAUCAAACCAUAAUUCGUCGAUAGAUUUACUUUAAAAAAUUUCAUUGCUGCAAUUGAUCAGUGUACUAUGGUCAUCUAGGGGACUGUCCAUUUAUGGUAAAGUAACUAUAACCAAAUCAUUUCUUAUUCCAAAACUAUAGUUUUUAUAUCUUCGGUUCUUUCACCACCAAGUAAAAUCAUCAAACAAGUGAAUAGUAUAAUUUUCUCCUUUUUAUGGAAUGGAAAGGAUAAAGUAACGAGGCUCUCUUCAAUAAACAGUUAUGAAGACGGUGGCAUAAAAAUGACAGAUAUUGAAAGCUUGGUCAAAGCUGUACGACUAGCUUGGCUAAAACGUGUUUUCAGCGAUAAUGAAAGUACGUGGAAAUUUUACUUGUUUCAUCUCCUACGUAGUGUUGGUGGUCUUUUACUUUUUAAAUGCAAUUAUGCAAUGAACGAUCUUUCAAUCAACUCGGUUUUCUACAGAGAACUCUUAAAAUGUUGGUUAGAAUUUCGAAAUCUCUUUUUAGCUAACAAAGAGCGGCUCUGUAUAAUUUGGAAUAGCAAAGAUAUAAGAAUAGAUGGAAAACCAAUCUUUUAUAAAUCUUAUUAUGACUCGGGGAUAUGUAUUAUUAAAGAUCUCUUGUUCAAUCUCGACAAUAUAGAAUCCUUUAAUGCAAUCAAUAACAUAAUUGAGAAAGCUAAUUUUCUUACAUGGACAGGUCUCAGGCAUGCAAUUCCUUCUAUUCUGAAAACAAUAGAGUAUACUACCUUUACAGAAAAUACUUAUUUUACAAAGGGGAAUGAGAUUUUUGACAUAGCGGAAAAGAAAACGAAAGACUACUACUCUUUAAUAAUAUCAAAUAAAGCACAAUUACCUAGUAAUGCAAAGAAUUUAAAACAUGAUUUUGGCUUAUCUGACGAAGACUUAAAAAAUUGCUUACAACCUUCCCCACCUGACACCACAGGAGCCUUACGUCAAAUCCUUUCAAUAUAAAGUUUUAAAUUCAAUACUUUACACUAAAGCAAAACUUUUUAAAAUUGGAUAUCUCCAGCAUGACAAAUGUACUUUUUGCAAGACUGAACAGGAAACAUUAUGUCACUUUCUAUUUUACUGUCAGCACUCAAAUGUGUUGUGGAAAAAUGUUGAACAGUAUUAUUUAACAAUAACAAAGGAAUUUCACGGGUUGUGUUUACGAGAGGUUAUAAUUGGAAUAACGAUGUCAAAAUGCCCCUCGUUAAAUAUUAUGCAGAAAGAAACAGGUACUUCCAAACAUCGACGGUUUCAAAUUUAAAGUAAGAAUCAGAAACACCAAGUUGAAAAAUAUAUUUCCACUAAGAAUAAUAAAUUAGAAACCUUUUAUGAAAAAUGGCCAAAAGACAUUUCUCCCCUUUAAUUAAGUUCGUGAGUAUGUAAUUAAAAAUGUAAUCUUUUAUUAGACACUUUUUUUUUGUAUUUUUUUUUUGUAUGUGUGGUUAUGUUUUUGUUUUUAUUUUAGAGCGUACUGUAAAUAUUAAGUGUUAAUCUCUCUUUUAUCUACAUAAUUAAGUAUUAAUUAAUUCUUUGUAAAAUAAGCCUCAUUGACUAUUUUCCAAUUCCCCAUAAUACACUCUGUUUGCCCCCCAAAUUUUGCAUAAACCAUUGUUUUUAAAUGCUCCUGGAGUAUUGCAUUUUCCCAAGAGCAUUUUAAGACAAUAAGUUAUGCAAAAUUUGGGGGGCAAACAGAGUGUAUUAUGGGGAAUUGGAAAAUAGAGAAUUCGGCAAUUGCGGGGCUGUUUUGUGGCUGUAAUGUAUAUAAUUGUGAAAUGUAGAUAAUUGUAAGUAUGUCUGUUAUUGCGGUUGUUUAGAACUUUGUAAUUAUUUUCUUUUUAAGUAGUUCUUUGUAAUUAUAGUAAUAAAUGUCUUGAAUAAAAAAAAUAAAAAUAAAAAAAAAGGGUAUGGUUUUAGUUCUAUUUUUAGUUGCUAUUUUUUUAAAGAUAUUUUUUUAUUGACGACAAAUUAACAACAUUAAUACAGCGCAUAACAAAAAGAAAAAUAAAUUGAUAAGUCAGUAAGUAAAAAACUUAAUAACAGCCUCAACACACAAAAAAGUAAAUCUGGUAAAUGAACAAAUAAGAAAAAAUUACAAUAGAAAUAAAAUCUAUUGGACGAUGAAAGCCUGUCAGUUGCCACACGUCAGUAUUUAAUAUUCUUCGACACAAUUUUCGAUGCCAUAUUUUUCAAAAAUCUCACGUAAAAAUUCAUCUAAAUUAGGUUUCGUUCGAUGUUCCUGCAAGUAUACAGUUGAUUUGAAUUUGACAUCUGCAAUGGAAAGGAGUCUUCGAACGUGUUAAAUAAACUUUGCUUGUUUGAAAGUUGUACUUUCUCCUUGUGAUAUUCAUUACCCUGCGAGCAGUGGUUUCUCCAGGCCGGGCGCUGCGCAACGUCCGGCCUGGAGAAACCACUGCUCGCAGGGUAGAUAUUCAUUAAACCACCUUAAAGUUUUGGAAAGGUAUUAAUAGAACUACAACCUGAGGAGGCACUACCGACUUCCGACCUCCGACUGUCAAAUCCCUUCUUCCGGCUUUCAAGAAGUUUAGGACUUUAGACUUCUCAUUUUUGAGGAGCUUCGAUGGAACCGGUCGGAAAAAUACACUGCUAACAAUGAAAAGACACAUUAUUUUGUGAUGCGAACUUAAGUAUUCGUUAGAAAACAAGUAAUAAAAAAAAAUCAACAACAAAGAGGAAGUCGGAAAUCAGUAAAAGGACGUCCGCCUCUCAGCGUCAAACCUUGGGCUGCCUGUGCCUAGAUCAUUGGCGUGACUUUCACAGUGUAGCCUGAUUGCGUUGUACGACUAAGCUGAUUACAUGUAGUGAAGUGGACGACUUCUUAGAUGAACCAUGAAAGUUUCUACAUUAGCUAUCUUAUGCUGCAUUUCAUUAUGCGGUGUCUUUAAAGCAGUAUUUUGCAAUUCCAACGCGGACCACAAAUGCGAAAGCCUUGCAAAUACUCCUUUUAAUGUCUGUACAUCAGCGGGCUACAAUUAUACUUUGCCUCUACCAAAGAAGCUAACCGGGCGACUAAAGGAUAGCAUCUCAUUGUUCGUGAAACAUACUAUAGCGUCAUGGGAGAACUGCUCAGACCUCAAUUUGGCGGCGACCAUAGAGUGCUCGGCUAUGUUGCCCAAGUGCAGUGGUGAUGGAAAAAGAGUGCUUCCUUGCAAACGAGUCUGUGGAGAGUUUUUGAAGCAGUGUAUAAACACUGCAAGUGGAUUUACCGCCAUUUAUUUGGAUCACCUACUCAGUAUGUGCCACAUUCUCCCUGACUAUGAAAAAUCUAACGAUGAGAAGUGUUACGAGCCGCCUAACUUCAGCAUAAACGACAGCAUACCAAGUAAGUAUCGAGACGUCCUCAAUGAUUCGAUCGACAAAACUGAAAACGGCACGCAACUCUUUUUUAUGUAUGCAUGCAGAGUUGUGGCACCCUCCUACUGAAAUUUUACGGCCGAAUCGAAAUGUGGUAAAAUUCAUGAUCAGUUAGAGACGGUGUGGUACAGGUCUUUAGGGCCGUGUGUGUUAUUACACAGCUCACUGAUUAGUCAUUUGGUUAACAUUACUAUGCUUGAAUAUGAUAUGUUUGCAUUAUUUUCAAAACAUGUCUUUUUUACUGACUUCGAAUAAUUAACUGUCAGUAUGGUCAGUCUUAAGGUCUCGGUAAAUGAAAAUUUUAGUACAUUGCUCGAUUUUGUUUUUUUGGGAUUUUUGGCAUGAGUGGGUCCUAAAUUUUAUUUUGGAAGAAAAAGAAAAUCAGAAAGUGCUUUUUAACCCUUCUAAAAUGAGCCUUUUCUGAGCUAACCAGCUAAGCGUGGACCUCGCGCUAAAUUUUAGAGCUGAUUUUCUCUCACUCUAUUUUAGACGCAAAAAUCAAAAUUCUCCGACCUCCAGUCGGGACAGGUUUUAAGCUAUCGCUUUGAAACUUUCAGAUAUGAUGGAUAAUGAUAUAGACUCAAAAAGGGUGUGAGGAAUUUUCCGAUUUCCCUUUGUAACUCAUUUUAUGCCAGUUUCUUUGCGUAAAUCGCGCUCGAGAUUCGACUUUUUAGUUUGAAAUGCAAUAAUUCCGCUAAUACGAGACAUAUGCAAAUUUCCUCACACCCUUUUUUAGGUCUUUUAUCUGUCAAUCAGAUGCAAUAAAAAGGAAGUGAAUAUUUAACAACGCGAAAGGGCUGGAGCUUCAGCAGUAAACUCGAUACCUCUGAGUUCGAGAGCAAAAAACUUAAGCGCCUUUUGAAAUUCGAUGAAAUAAAAUCUUUCAUAAGGUAAUUUAGUCUUUUAGCUUUAAUUUGAUAUAACUUGCCUUUGUAGCGAAAAUACUCGCGCGACUAGAAUUUUUUUCUGUGGGCACCUCGUUUUCCUUUACCGAGACCUUUAAAACAAUAACAUCGCUAUCCAUCUUUAAUAAGAUAAAGAACGGGAAAUAUGCACUGACAAAGUGUAGCGAUAAAAAACGAGAGUCUGAGAGUUACAUAAUAUAUGUAUAUACGCAGUGGAGAUAACAACAGCUGAACAGCAUAUACCCCAAAUCGGCUUAAAUCUCCCAAACGCCAAAGGUUAACUACGUUUUUAGCCUUCUUUAAUUUCAAAGCUAAGAAGUCCCACCACGCAUAUGGCUUAGAAGAAAUAUCAUAUCGGGUGUAAACAGUGGCUUCAGUGAGACAUUCAAUACAGGCCGCAGUUUACUGCCCAAGACUUCCGGACUGUCUGAUCUGUCGUAACAACUCGGCUUAGCAACGAAGCAGGUGACAUCCCUAGUCACACCUCGAGUAAGCGACCACCACAAAUACAAAGCUUCACUGGUCGCUUUUUUUUACGGAAAUUGACCAACUAGAGUCUCCUCCUAGAAGCUUGAGGUCCAGUCACAUCUACAUCUUGAAUUAGGAGAGGAUUCUUUACACUGUUUACUCGAGUUUACAUUACAUUUUCUAAGUAAAGAUAUGAGUAGUUACCACUAAAUUGCCUUCUCUUGGAAGUAUAGUACAUACAGCAAACAGAGAUCAAAUCAUCGCUUAUGCCAAGGCUAAACGUCGAAAUUUUUCGGGUAACGAAGCCCCCUGCAAUUAACUUAGGCCUCGGCCAAACGUCGAACUUUUCAUGAAUCGAACCAAACUUAGGCUUUGGAGGUUAGUUUAUGACUGGUUCGACUUCUGGCUUAGUCAAGUUCGUCUGAGUGAGUUUAGAUCGUCCAACAGGAAACAAACGAAAAUUCUAAAGCCGAGGCGGUCGUUUGCGAGAGGUUCCAACUGAAGUGAUCUCACUGGGAAUAUUUUUGGAUAGGUGGUCGCUUAAAGUGCAUAUAGUGCAUUCGCAUAUCAGCCGCAAAUUUGUUAAAGAACAGAAUAAAAAAAGAAAAAUUGCCAUAAACGAUGCCGCAAAUUGUUUUUGAUUUGAGAUAAAUCUAUUAUUAUUAUUUUUUUACAGAUUUUUAAAUAUGUAGAACUAUCAUAUUAGGCCGUGACAUUUUUGGCCUGGGGCGAGUGACGUAUUUUGAGGCAUUGUUCUCCUUACGGUCCAGCACGCAUGUCAGAAUUCGAGGUCGUAUGGGACUGGGUCUCUUAAAAAGUGAAUCCAAGCGGUUUCAAUUCGCCACUCUGAGGUUGCGUGGGAGACCAGGUCGAGAUGGUUGUCAAAGUGCAUUGUGGGACUGUUUUGGGGAUCGAAUUUGCCGCCAUGUUGAAAAUGCGUCUCCUAAAACAGUCCCACAAUGCACUUUGACAACCAUCUCGACCCGCUCUCCCGCUCAAGGAUUGUAUCUUUGAGGAAAACGAGCCGUACGGUGCGGAGGAAAAGGGAAAAAAAUUAAAUAUUAUCAAAGAUCGCUGCAAGCUCUCCUUUCUUUCCCGUUUACGUAAACCACGCGUCUCCUCUCGCGUUGUGUGCGUCUUUCUCGCAUGUGAACCCUCACUGAGAAAUCCACUCUGUCCCAAUGGUUGUUCGCUAUCCACUUUGAAACCGCAUUCAGGUUAUUCUAAGGAAACCAUCCGUGAGGUAGUCUUAAGUACGGGGGUGUACUCACAAUCGGAUGGCCUAUAUACGGGGAGGCUCCGCCUGAAAGGGGUACACGGCCUUUUCCGGCUUCAGGUAAAUGAAACUAUAAAAGGGUAAGGAUUUUGGACUCGGAAAUGUGUCAUUUCGGUUUGUAAAACUAAGCCCAGCCCAAGGGCUAACCGAUCUUUUUUUUAUGGCUGUGAAAAAUUAUAGAAAACGUUCCGGUUUUGUGAUUUGUUCGCAUUUUAAAGACAAUGCAUUUACAGCCGUUUUGUAAGAGAUGCAAAGAUCUGAACCAGAUAUGUGAAAGGGGUACGCUUUAUUGAUAGAAGGUAUACGAAAGGGUCGCCCUUUCUGUCAAAAAUGGUAUUAAAAAAAAAUGUAAGGGUGAGACCUCGGGGCGGUGCCUCCCCGUAUAAAACUUUGUUGAGUACCCCCCGGCUCCUUUUUCUGUUCUUCUUUUAGGUCCCUUGGAUCGUGGGUGUCAGGAGUUGAUUAUUCCGGCUUGUAAAGACUUGGGUGUUUACUCACACACUCUUUUGUCGGAGUCGGUUCAGAAGCAUCUAUACCUGACUCUUUGGAGAAAAUCUUACAACAAAAGUGACCUGCAAAGGGAUUUUCCAAAGAUGUUCGAAAACACUUUUGCAAAGUAUCCGAAGUGUCGAAGAAAUGCAGAGACGUUAUUUUGUGGCAAUAUGUUUCCCCCGUGUUUUCUGCAUGAAACCAAGGCCGUUUAUAAGACUCCUUGUAGAUCGCUGUGUAAUGACAUCGCCAGAGAAUGCCCGGGAUAUUUCAGGUAAAGCUUUGAUUAAGUACCGUGAAGUUUCGAAAGUAACGACCCUCGUUACUUUCGGAUUUAGCACAACCUCGUCCCCAGGGCGCUUUUCUCCACCUCCAAAGCCAGGGAAAAGCGCCCUGGGGACGAGGUUGGAUUUAGCAGCCUUUUCGCUACUUUCAGAGGGUCGCUAUGUAGGAUAGCUAAAACGCUGGUGUGCUGUCACGCAUGGGCCGCUGGUUAUGGUGAUAACAUGAUCGCGACCAUGUGAAAACGCUUUUUAUUUGGAGAAACGUAUUUCAUGUUUCAAAAGAAUUGUGUGAUUAACGUGUCGUAUUAACGUUUCGAUUAACGUUUCGUAUUCCCAGACGAAAGGAAGACUUCAAGUAAAGUAUCUUUUGGGUUACAUAAAGGAUUUUAUAAAAUAACUAACUAAGAUAGUGCGCGCGUUCUGAUUGUUUAAAAAACCUAUGGUUUAUUGUGCCGGUAAACUCAUAGAAAACUCCAUUUUACUUAAAGUUAUUUUAUAAACGCAAUAGACCCCCAGGAAUAGACCACACUUUCUAUGGGUUUACCGGCGUGAUAACCCACGCGGGAUGUUGGGGGAGCACUCGAAAAGCUUCAAUGUAAAUCACUCGCCUUCGGCUCAUGAUUUACAAGCUUUUCUCCUGUUCUCCGAACAUCCCGCGUGGGUUAUCACGCCGGUGAAUCCAUAGAAAGUGUGGUCUACUGGUUAAAUAACCGUUAAAAGUAAACCUCGGAUCACUAAGGUAAAUUUUGUUGUCUCUAUAAAUUUCCUUUUCAGUCCGGCACAGUUAUCAAAGUCGAUAACCUGGACAAAAACAAACUAUUAGCCAAUCAAACUUUAAGCAAAAAGGAAACUACUUUAGAGGUCGCUACUAUACUUUCGCAGGGUCCUUAUUUUCGGGGCGUCGCUACUUUUGGAAUUUGUUAACACUUGCGGAAUUUCAUCGCUAUAACAAAAAGGGACAUAACUUUUAAAGUGACUACUUUAGGAAAGUCGUUAUUUUCGAAACGUGUUACGGUAGUAUCUUAUGGAGCGUUUUCACAUGACGUCAUGUUGUUCCAAAACAAUGAAGCAACGGCUAUGUUGGUGUUUCAAGUCAGUUGUACGGGUGUGUGAACUGAACCUGUCUCUCAUAUAAAAAAAACUUUCUUAUGUUCCAGUAAAUUAGCAUAGUUGCUGGUUACGUGAGUGAAAAGGCUCCAUUGGCUGUUUCUAGAUAGGAGUUUUAAUUAAAUGUCAAUCUGGGACGAACUUGGACAAUAGAUUGACUAAAUGUUGUAGCUGAAGAGGGUCGCAGUGGCGAAGUGAUUUUGGCGAUAAACGCACGGUCAAUAUCCUGGUCUAACGCAAUUAAUGGUUAACCUUUUUUUUCGUUAUGGUUAGCAGAAUUCUUACAAUGCAAAAUUAUUUGUUUUAUAACAAGCGAAAAUAGGACCCGCCCGAUUUGUUUUGUUUGUUUAUUUUCCUUUCAGUAAUGACUUCAAUGAUGCAGAAUAUUGUGGUUUCCUUCCAGAGGGAGACACGGGCGAUUUGUUUUGUGACAUAAAGGAAUGGCCUUCUCCAUUUCAUUGGCUCGAUUAUUUAGGUCAGUGAUUGUUACAUUAUUGUAUGAGUGUGGUUUAUAUGGUCACAUGCAAGAAGACGCACCAUGACUCUCGCGAGUAUUUCCAGCAGAUCAGAGGUGCUGUUUUCAGGCAAUUUAGAAUAUUAAAUAUGUUCCGCGCUGCAAGUUCUUAAACCUAACCGAGGCCUUCCAGUUCUUUGAAUUUCCAUUAAGGUGUUUUCAUAUUAGAUCGGAGGGGUAACCUUAGUAACUUGUAACCAUCAAAGAUUACAGGGUGUGUACAGCAAAUCUCGAUCUCAGGCUCUCUCUCUCUCUUUGGCAAGUCGGUGAUGAUGACAUUCACCCCAGAAAAAUGGGCGGGAAUGUGAUACCAGAUACGUGUUCCAUGAUCCGUUCACCAGUUGUCCUUUGUCCCAUACACUACUGCUCACUCCAGUUGUAUUAGGGCUGUGUUCUUCUACAUCGAAGGCAAAACAUGAGACCCUUAUGUAGUCAAUGCUAUAUGACAAAAGGCAACCCCUCAGGAUGCAAUGACAAUUCCUUAUUGGACUGUCAUCCUCACAUUAUAAAGGCGUAGUCCAGGAUUGUUUUACGACGCCAAAGGAGUUCUUGUAAUAAAAUUUGCAAAAUGUGAAUUUACUUGCGCAACGCUAGCAUUACGCCAGAAAUGGUUGGAGAUGACCCUUCCAGGCUGUCCUUUUACUAUAGCAACAGCCAGUUUAUCGAAAAUAAGUUACCCAUUUCAGCUGUAGGUGUCCGAUCAACUCAGUGUCAACUUUGCUUUUGGUUUUAACUUUUGUUUUCCACAGAUCUCCCGACAACAACGUCACCACCAUCCAAGGAACCAAAUAAGCAGGGCCCCAAAGGGUGGGUCAUUGCUGUGGCAGUGCUGUCGUGCCUGGCAGUUGUGGGGCUCGUCUUGGGGGGCUUAAUUUGGUGGAAGUGGCGAAGGACAUAACCUGGAGUGGCGUACGAGAAACAGCACGAUGAAGAAGGCGCUCAAUAGUAGGCCAAAGACAAGUUUAGCGUCAGUCCUAGUAACUGUCUGACAUUUGGUAGCUUAGAAAGCUUAAAAGGGGCAGUAUCAUCACGAUCUCAUUUUUCUUAGAAGAGUUUAUUUUAAUGGAAAUCCCCCAAGAGUGGACUGGCCUUGCUAAUAGUUACAUUACUAGAACAUAGAAACGUUAAAAACUAUCUGAAGAGUUACUUUUCCUGAGGAGGGAUUGUGGGAAAGCAGGAGAAAAAAACUACGAAUAUCUUGGUUAUAUUUAUUCUCCCAGAAGUUCUUAGGGGUGUGUGAUACUUUCCCUUCGUACCUGAUAAACUGUACCUGCGUGUCGAAAAAAUUGUUGGUUUUCAGUGUCACGCCAUUCAAAAUAUAUCAAAAUAAAAUCAAAACCAUUCGAUAGAUAAAGUCCAGAAUCUGGGAAAUGAAAGGAGGUGAAUAGACAAAGACCCUCGCCAAGAUUUAGGUCGAAGGAAUAAUUCGUAUACGAGAUAUCCGGAGAAGUGAUUUACCCAACUUUAUAGAGAUUUGUAUGGAGAAGCCAUGCUAGUGCCCUUCCAGAUGGACACAACAUGGCGGACGGAAACCAGCAGAAACAUCUGUUACCGAGUUUUGCUACAAAAGCGUGAAUUUAUUAUUAGGGGAAUUCAUAAACAUUAAAGUAAUACUUUUUCUACUACAUGAACUGUUUAGAUAGCAAAAUUCCCCGAAAUAAGUCACUUUUUUAACCUACAGGAGAGCUCUCUUGGCCGUCAUGUAAGAACCCUUUUGAAGCGAAAAUUUGUUUGAAAAUUAGUUUUAAGCUGCUCUAAUACACCAUGGAAGUAAAAUCUAAGUAGGAUAGAUAGUUUUGUAGCUUUAUUAGCGUGGGAGUGAUGUAUUGUUUUGAUGGAGCCGCGAGAAGAGUGGCUACAAGUCAAUUUGCCAAAUCCCUCUUUUCGCGAAUCCGCCUCCAAAAAAGAGUGUACCCACCCCUUCCCCCCCCGUCCGUUUUGGUCUGAAAACGGGUAUUCACUUUGCCCAUUUUGGUCUGGAAUCGGGUAUGGUUUUUGAGGGAACUACGGGAAUGUAUGAACGUAUCAGUAUCGUUUCAAUUCCAAAUGAUCGAUGAGUAAGAACGAAAAAGAAAUGUUCGAAUUCGAGAUGGAUUUGGAGAAUUUUUUUUUGUUUGCGCUCUAAUCUAAGUAAGGAUAACAUAAAUUUCUGCC